GCUCUUCAACCAAUCCGCGAGAGACUUUGAACGUGAAGGCAGGGCAAAGGGGAAAUUUGUCCAGCCUCUGAAUUGACUGACAGCAACCUUGACCAAUGAAUAUCUGCAUAGACGGAGCGCGUCCAGCAGCACCAAUGAGCUGUCAGGAGCGGAGGCUGGGUCGGGUCGCCAUUGUCAUUGUAGUCGGGUCUGAGAGAAAUUGCGGCUUGUUGAGUGAGGGGAACUUGAGGGUGGUGAGAAUGGUUUGUGGCGGCUUUACCUGCUCGAAGAACGCUCUCAUCGCUUUAAACGUGGUGUAUAUAUUGGUCGGGCUGUUGCUUAUUGGAGUGGCAGGAUGGGGGAAAAGCUACGGCAUUGUUUCCAGUAUAAACAUUAUUGGUGGAGUCAUUGCUGUGGGAGUGUUCCUUCUUCUCAUUGCUAUUGUCGGACUUGUCGGAGCAGUGAAUCACCAUCAAGUCAUGCUGUUCUUUUACAUGGUUAUUUUAUUCCUGGUCUUUGUGAUUCAGUUUGGAGUUUCUUGUUCGUGUCUGGCACUCAACCGAAGUCAACAGGAACAUUUGCUAAAACUGACCUGGAACAGAAUGUCAAAUACAACCAGACAAGAUCUAGAACACCAACUCAACUGCUGUGGAUUUAUGAAUGAUACAGAAAAUAUUGUUACCUAUGGGACUGAUUAUCAGAUGUGUAAAGCAUUGUGCAAAUCCAUUCAUUGUGAAACUUGUGGCAAUGUCAUGCUGACGCAUGCUGGAGAGGCUUUGAGGAUCCUAGGAGGCGUGGGCCUUUUCUUCAGCUUCACUGAGAUCCUUGGAGUUUGGCUUGCAAUGCGGUUUAGGAAUCAGAAAGAUCCCCGAGCAAAUCCUAGUGCCUUUUUGUAGGAUCCUCCUCUCCAUUUUCUUUGUAGCUGCUCAACAAAGUUAUCUUUCCCAGGGAUUAUUUUUAUCAAAAGCUUUAUCGAUUUUUAAAGUAGAAGAACCUUCACUAAUGCAUGAUGGGAUGGAGCAAUGGCCAUACUGCGUGGAUUAUCUUGGUGCCGUGGCUGACUAGACUCGGUGAAGUUUGAGCUGUGCUAACCAAAUCCUCCAUCAUUGACAUGAAGUUCUUGCAUUACAUGCUAUACCACGGUAUGAGACCAGGACUUGGGAGGGAAAAAAAAAUGUGCAAAGUGUUGAGAUAAUUUUUGAAAUUAAUAUGGAGUUUGUUUCUUUAUAAUGCAGUUAGAAAUGCCAGACAUAUUGCAUAAUUACAGCUACUAUUAAUGUUUAGCCAGUUUUUUUUGUUAAUGAAAGCAAUGGAAUUGAGGGGAGGCAAGAAUUCAAUCUUUCCUCUUAAAUAACCGUUUUAAUGGAUUCAGAAAGCCUUAUUGCACAGAAUUUUUGCAAGCAACACAUCAUCAGAGUUUAAGCUUGACAGUAACUAUUUUUUUGAUUUGUCAGCAAAACUGGCCAUACUGAUUUAAAAUUCUUGCUGUGGGGGCAGAUUUAGCCUCUGCAAUGGUGGGGCUGUGCCAGCAAAGCCACACUAGACCGAUUCCAUUGGUUAAUCUUUGGUCAAAGUGGAAGCUGACUCUCCAUCUAGUGUGUGCACCCUCUAGGUGAUACCUGACCCAAGAGGUAUGGCAAAUUCUGGUCAUUGAUUUGUGAUCCCUCUCAGACUGGCAGCUGCAACUGAGUAGUACAUGGAAGAAGAGUAAAUGUGAAUAACCAACUUAAGUUUUUAUUUUCCAAGUCCUGGUUUAACUAUUUGUCAUAAUGUCCAUGUCCAAUUAUCAAUGUUUAAUGUAUACCAAUACUACUGAAAUAUUUUGUUUUUUUUUGUUUUCUCAAUUUAUAAUUGAGGGAGCAUUCUAAAGAUGUUUAGAGCCACAUUUGAUUUUUGUCAGUGUAUCUUCUUACAUCUUGCAAAGUUGGAAGUUGAGGGCACUGUUUCCUGUUGCAUAGGUAUUUUCCACAAAACUAGUGAAAGCCAUGUCUUGCUCUGCAGCAGCAUUUAAGUAAAUUGUUACUAUAAGUAA